AUGAUAAAUAUUAACGACACGGCAAAACGGAACAGCUUGAAUGCGUCAUCGGCUCCUGAUGAAAUGUAUUUCUAUUAUUUUCCGCAGUGUGUGCCUGGAAUGGCGGUACCAAAAAUUGAGGUCGAUCCGUAUAUUGUCUCAGAAUAUGAUACUAUAUUGCCGGAGCCUAUACCGAACUACGAGAUAGCAUUGAAACUUAUUGCCUACAUUAUUUCAUUUCUGAUGGCUUUCAUAGGAAAUGCAAGUCUUGUUUGGAACAUAAUGACAGAUAAAAAGCUACGGACGCCAACAAACGCUCUGAUCACGAACCUUGCUGCAAGUGACUUGAUGGUAGCGUGUACUUGUAUGUGGAUACAUCUCGGUAACAGCAUAUCAACGGAAUGGCCAUUUGGGUCCUUUAUUUGCAGCGCUAAUCAAUUCUUACAAGUGACGGCCGUGUCAUCAAGCACUGUUACCAUGGCAGCGAUAGCUCUCGAACGGUUUCUUGUUGUCAUAUUCCCGCUUAAAAGUAAAGGGAAAAUAAAGAUAAAGUAUGGUAUACUUGCUAGUUGGAUUAUUGCCGUCCUAAAUGGCCUUCCUCAUCUUUUUACAAGACGCUUAGAGGAGCUAUAUUGGGCGAACCGUCAUGAGGUGUGGUGUAGGAGUGAUUGGCCCCAGAUUUUUACGAGCGAAAGUUGCGACACUGCUGAGCCACUAAGGACUAUUUACUACACUUGUCUAACUAUAAUCAUGUAUUUCCUUCCGGUAUUCAUCAUCGCAGUUGCUUACGUGGCGAUUAUGAUAAAACUUCUAACAAGGGUUGCUCCAGGAGAAUCUACAUCAUCACCGAAAGACGAUCAGAAAAAGAGAAAGGUGCCAGAUUACGUAAUGAACGAAAUUAAUUUUUCGGCCAUCUUUCUGGCAUAUUUCAACAGCGCCAUCAAUCCUAUACUGUAUGCAGGAAUGAGUAAGAAACUUAGGCAGAAAUACAAGCGUUUCUGUUGUAAAAGCUCGGACUGA